AUGUUAAACAAGAGAUCAUUUAGUGGAUGGAAGCGAUUCGUUUUAUGCCUGCCUGUCAUCUUCGUUUUUGCUCAUAUGCUCCCAGUUUUGGAAUUGCGGCAACACUCAAGUGUACAAUAUCAACACAAAGAGAAGCCUAAGAAAUUUGAUCGUCUAGUUCUUGGGCCCGCUUCUGGUGAAGGCCUGCCUGAUCGCCUACAGUGUCAAGGCACCAAGGCUCUUAAUAAGACAUCCAGAACAUUCCCUAAUGAUUCUCAUUCUGAAGAUCUCGUCGUGUUCGUCACUUUUUUUGCGACCUACAACUCUACAGUUGACAGGCGAGUCAAUGGCAGACCAGUUGAUUUGGUCACUGUUGGGGACACUUCAUACAACAAAGUUGAGAGAUCAAUGGCUAUUUUGAAUGUAUUUAUAAAUUUCAUUCAGGUUACCAUGCCACAGAGUGACGUUAUUAUACUUACAGAUCCAGCCUCCGAGCUUCCGGUGCACAGAGAUAAGGUUACCAUACAUCCAAUACAAGGUGAAUAUUCGAGGGACUUGUUGAUGCUCCAAAGAAUCAGGUCUUACAUUGCCUUUCUAGAGAUAGUGCUUGAGAAACAGAGUCAGAGGCAGGGGAAGGUCCGUCAUUACAUUUUUACUGACUCGGAUAUUGCAGUAGUAAAUGACCUGGGACAAAUGUUUGCUGAAUAUUCUAAUUUUGAUCUGGCUCUCACCUUCCGAAACAACAAAGAGCAACCUCUCAAUUCAGGCUUCAUAGCAGUGAGAGGCACAGCCGAAGGAAUUCUAAGGGCAAAGGCUUUCUUUCAGGAAGUACUGAAAGUUUACAGUUCCAAAUUCAUGAAAGCUUCUCGAAUGCUUGGAGAUCAAUUGGCUCUUUUCUGGGUUGUCAAAUCUCAACCUUCCUUUGAUGUAAGAAGGUUCACUAGAAGAGAGGCUUUCAUAGAUGAAAUUGGCGGUGCUUCCGUGCUUUUCUUACCAUGUUCUAUUUACAAUUGGACACCACCAGAGGGUGCAGGUCAAUUUCACGGGAUGCCCCUGGAUGUGAAGGUGGUUCAUUUCAAGGGGUCACGAAAACGACUUAUGCUCGAGUCUUGGAAUUUCUUACAUUCCUCUUCUUCUGACAUCUCAGAUAUGUUGUGUCUUAUCCUAAAGAGUGGAAGAACGAAAUAUGAUUUUUAA